CUUUGAGGCGUCCGCCAGUCACCAACCCAGCCCCGUCGACCCCCAUUCCGUCUACCCUUGCCUCCCAAAGGACCUUGGCCCGCUCCGAUAGCACGCACCCCGUACUCUUGCCCACGAACUCAAUGCAGUCCUCCAUCCCGGGUGCCAAUUGCGACAGGUGAUAGCCACUCCUCUCUUGCGGCUAGAUGGAGCUCUAUGGCGUCCGGACACAACUCAGGGUUCUCCGCCACAUCAAUCCAGCACCGUGUACUGGGUGAUGGACGGUCAUACUCCAGUCAGGAUGACGGCUCCGUGGAUGGGAGCUGGGCGGAGACCGCCGCUUCGAGGCCGGGGCGAAAUGCUCGCUCCGAGUCUGGGGGCAGUGCGACCAUCGGCCUUCGGGGAGGGUCAGUAGUCCCUUCGGUCGGAGCUCCUGGUAGCUUCAGCUCCGAGCUCAAGAGCAUGAAGUCGUCGCGGAGCACGACCCCCCGACAGGAUGGGGGUCUUGCACGCCGGCCGAGCAGCCUCAUGGAACACGAUGAAAUGUCCAGUACGGAGGAACGCCAGGCCAUGAUCCGGGACAAGAUCGCGAAGGAGAUGAAGAUCAAAACAGGAACGGAGAACAUGCUCGAGGCGCUGCUGGCCAAGAACCCGAAACAUACAAAGGAUCAGCGGUUAAGGGUGGAAUCGGAGUUGAGUUCGUCCAAUCGCAAGCUGGCUGAACUGCAUCAUGAGCUCGAGGAGGAAAUGCUACGUGCGCAGGCGCCGUCCACGCCUCCCCGGAGCCGUUUGUCGAGUUUGUUCCAGAGCAGUUCCAUGCGUUCACCGACUCGCAACAAUGCCACCCUCGAAGAACACCAAGCUCAGGACGGGGAGGCAGAAAUGGAAUCGCCGACGUAUGUGCUGGCGGAAACACUCCAGGCCCUGGAAAUCGACGGCAUGUCUCCGGAUUACUACGUUGAGCGUGCAAAUAGUCUGGUGGAGCUGUUCAAAAGACAUCCUACCCUGAAAUAUGACCUCGAGUGGUCGGUGUUCGGUCUGCGCGUGCAGAUUAUGCUCCUAAGUGAUAGCAAGGAGGCUGUGGCCGCCGGCUAUCGGUUGACUCGCUAUGCUAUUGCAGAUCGGAAAUCCCUGCAGAUGAUCCGGUCAUUGCAUACAGACGAGCUGGUGAUCUUGUCCCUUGUCAAGGAAAGCAAGGCGAGUAUUGAACGGGAGCAGGCUUUGAAGUUUGUCCGCGCGUUUUUGGAUGUGAAGGAUGGUGUGCGAGAGAUAUCACGCGCCGUCGUGAGGACGAUCGUCUCCAUCGCCGAGCACUACGAGGAUCGGCUUCGGAAUAUCUCGAUCAUGACUCUAGCCGAAAUUUUGGUCAAGGACCCAGCACUCAUUGCAUAUGCUGGAGGAUUCGGUACACUGCAUGAUGCUUUGGCAGAAGGGACAUUCGGCGCAUCAGAAAGCUUGAUCGCGAGCUUCCUUCAUGUCCUCGACACUCCACACAGUAGGAAGCAUCUCCAGGGAGGGUGCGAGCUGGAAGCCGUGCUCGCGCCGUUCACCGACUCCCUGUCGGACUCAGUCCGCAAUGGACGCCUGAAGUCAUCAGCCAGGGCGAUUUCUGCUAUGCUGAAGACGUGGCCAGGUUUGAUAGUGCUCGCAAGAAACGGAGCCAAGCCGUUACAAUCACUCUUGGAUUCGCUGCAUUAUCCCGAUCCGCAGGCAAGGGAUCUCAUUAUGGAGCUUCUGUUCGAUGCAUUGAGGAUAAAGCCGCCGUCAUGGUCGUCGUCGUUUCUCGCUGGCCGGAGACUGACGACCUACGGUAGAGUGGCCAACCUUAGGACCGAAUCCGAUGCCAAACAGGCUCGGGGGUUCUACGACGACGAUGGGAAUAGAUUUGACCUGACAGCGCACUUCUCGACUCUGAUCCUUGCGACUCUGGUGGAGGCAGGAUUAUCAAAGGCUCUCUCGGACCUCAUCGAGGACGAAACAGACCUGUCCCUGAGGCGGAAAGCGACGCUUCUCCUGACUGAAGUUUUGAAGCUGGCACAUCACUCUCUUCCCCGGAAUAUCAGCGCAAAGCUACAGGUCCUUCCACAUUUGCUACCAUCAGCCAUCCAGUUCGAUGUCGAAAACCACGAUGUUUCCACUUCCACCAUCUACCAGAUUGACAGCAUAAACAGGACCUUAGCCCGCUCCGUAGGGAACAUUGCGAAUGGGGCCGGGCGGUAUAAUGUCGAUGUCGAUAUAUCUACUUCUCUUCUCUCUGGCGACCAAAACAAAGAGAAAUUGAGUCCGGCCAUGGAUGAGACACAAUUUCGAAACCUGAUCCUGGAAACACAUGUUCUCAACACCGUGAACUUUCUCAAAUGGAAGUGGGAUCUUAUUCAUCGCAUAGUUGAAGGGCCUUUAACCAACCCCAAGAGGCUAGAAGAGGCUAUCAAAGGCUCAAAGUUCAUGAAGCGUCUCAUGGGGUUUUACCGACCAUUCAAGUAUAGGUUCUCGAUGCUACCGAAUACGAAGCCCAACCAGCGUUAUGUUCGAACAGGCUGCGCACUAAUGCGCACGCUGGUGCAACUCCCAGAGGGUACGAAAUAUCUUGCGGAAAAUAAGUUCUUGAGGCAAGUUGCAGAAUGCCUUGCUCAGGUGGAUCGCAUGAGCGGACUUACGUCGUCUUCCCCGUUAUUCUCAAAGGAUCAGAUGACCACCACGUUAAGUGGUGGAUAUUUUGCGAUGCUAGGAGUUCUGAGCGGCGAUGCCAAUGGGCUCUCUAUGAUGGAGCGAUGGCACAUGCUCAACAUGUUUUAUCAUAUCGUUGAGCUCCGAGAUCGAGACGAUCUCAUUCAGACCCUGUUCGGAAACAUGGACUACGCCCGUGAAAGCCACCUCAGGGUCAUUCUUUCCAAAGCGCUCACCACUGGCUCCAAGGAAAUACGAAUCUUUGCGACCAGGCUUCUUCGAAAAUACGCUGUGGGAAAUGUGCCCCUAUCUUCGCAGUCGGCUACUGGUAAUGCGGACUGGGUGGUUAAGCUCUUGGUGACCCAGCUAUAUGACCCCGAUGUGUCGGUGUGCGAGGUCGCCGUGAAGAUCCUUGAAGAGGCAUGCAAUCAGCGGCACUACCUUGAAUUUGUAGUCAAGUGCCGGCCGUCCCUCGAUCAUCUGGGCGAAAUCGGUGCUCCCUUGCUCUUGCGCUUCUUGUCCACUUCGGUGGGAUACCACUAUCUGGAUGGUCUCGACUACAUCACGCAGGAGAUGGAUGACUGGUUUCUGGGCCGUAACGACGCCUACGUAGGUCUCGUCGAGGCCGCUCUCUCGCGUGCCUAUGUGGAUCAGCCGCGGAGGAGUAGCUUUGUGCCUGAAGACCUCGUAGAUUUGCAGGACAUUGGGUUGGUACCGCCGCAUUUCUAUCGAGAGCUCGCUCGGACGUCCGAGGGGUGCAAACUUCUAGAGCAGUCAGGCCACUUCAACGAGUUCGCUUGGACUAUUCGGGACUUUCAAUUGGAUGAGGAAGACAUCGAGUCUCUCCUCAAAGUCAAAGGCUGCCUCUGGGCCGUUGGUAACGUCGGCUCCAUGGAACUGGGCGCGCCGUUCCUUGAGCGUGAUAUUGUCCAGCACAUUGUGAAAAUCGCCGAAAGUGCCGAAGUCUUGACGAUGAGGGGAACGGCAUUCUUCGUUCUGGGCUUGAUCUCUCGCAGUCGACAUGGUCUGACGGUCUUGAGAGAGGCCGGGUGGGAUUCUGCUCUUGAUCAGAAGGGAAAUUCUCUGGGGCUGAGCCUGCCAACCGAUUUCAACAAGCUCUUCCUGGUGGAUUUCCCGACUCACUCCCGAAAUGCCGAAUCGAAGCGCUCCUCCCAAGAGAAAUUCAGAGGAGCCACGAUUGAUCCGGACCCGGUCAACCAAAAGAUCCUGAAGCUGAUCAUUGACAUGGGAAAUACUGUUCUGUCCAAAAGGGCCGCAGCAGACCUCCACAGUUUGAAAUCGAAACAGCCCGAUCGAUUCCACCAGCCUCACCUUUUCCGCAAGACCCUCAGUAUCCUCGAAGGCCACCACUUCCGAUUGCCCGCUCGCCGCUUCGCUCUAGAUCUCUUUGACAAGAGCGUCAUGCGGCGCAUAGUCCUAGAAGACGACUCUGACUCCGAUUCGGACGCUUCGUCUUCCCAGGUGUCUAACUGAGUGUGCAUCAGCUGCUCCGGUUCUGGCUUGGUCUUCGUACUUCCGUUCAAUCGGCCUCUCCACGGGCCCAUGAGACAGCCAGUCC